AUGGAAGAGAAGGUGCUCAGGAAUAGAGCGGAUUUGUCCAUUUCCUUGCUUUUUCUGUGUGUGUGUGUGUGUGUGUUUAGUGCACACGGUAUUAUAUUUCCGCUGCAAGGUGAGGGGGGAGGAGUAUUCGUGCAAAUGGCCUCAGAGGAGCCUCUCAAUGAAAUCCCGGGCGAGUGCCCAACACCAGGCGACCUCGGCCAUGCCGGCUGGAACAUUCUCCACACGGCGGGCGCCGUGUAUCCAUACAAGCCUUCCCCUCUUCAACAGGAGGCAUUUCGUAGCUUUCUUUACAGCUGGUCACAUGUGUACGCCUGUAGCCACUGCAGCUACCACAUGCGGCGCUACUUGAAGCGCAACCCGCCGGUGGUUACCGAUAAAUUGGCUCUGAAUCGUUACCUCUGCGAGUUUCACAACACCGUCAACAAGAACCUUGCGAAACCCGUCUACAACUGUGACCCCAUGGUUGUUCUCCGACGCUGGCACCCGACCUUUCCCGAUAUGGAGGAUCAGCCGACGAUCGAGGAGCAGAUGCCGAGCAGCAACGACUGGAGCAGGCGGAGGCACAGAAGCAG